UUAAUUUUGUAAGGGAGAUAGUUUCAGCGCCAUUUUAUAAUAAUGCAUCUGUUCGUGACUUUGUCUCUUCGGUAAAGUAACAAAAUGCUUGAUGUGUUAAGACUAACGUGAAGAUUAGCAGCCACUUAACCUCGCCUGUUGCUAUGGACGAAGCCUGUUAGCUUGGGUGACAACUCGCCAGCGAAAUAUUAAAGCCAUGCUAUACAUACGAGAUAUGUCUCCAGAGGAUGAGCUCCAAAGUCCCCUCCUUGGUUUCAGCUCCACCAGGGAGGAUCUCUCUAUGAAUCGAGGUGAUCUAGAAAGCAAUGAGCUGGGAAGAAGCAGCAGUGCACACAACAGUCUUCAAACACGAGCUGAAACUUCUAUCAGUUGCCAUGGAGACUUUCCUGAUGGGAAAAGCCCUCUUCUUAAACUACUGAUUGAUGCAGAAGGAGCAGCAAACUCUGCUGCAAUACAGCUUGUGUCUUUCAAAGAUGCAUUGGAAGAAGAAUUUGCUGGUUCAGAACAGUUUGCCAAAGACAAGCGCCGAAUUACAAGACAGAGAGGACUUCUGCUGGAAAAGUUGGAGGAUUUUAGACGAAUAAAUAAGUCUGUGCGACAGAAGCUGAAACAACUACAAGAUACAGAGGCUUAUCGAAUUGAUGCAAACCAACAGAUAGAAAUUUUGCAAAAGAAGGUCACACAAGCUGAAAGUGAAAAUGAGAAUUUGAAAAAAAAUUUGAGUGAAACUGAAUGGAGGAUAGAAGAACUGACAAAUCUGCGGCGAGAAGAGCAGGAAAACAUAAAAAGUGCAGUUCACAUGACCAAAUCUGUGGAGGCAACUCGUGCUCACCUGCAAGGGCAGCUGCGCAACAAGGACGCUGAAAACAAUCGUCUGACUGUACAGCUUCGGUCUCUAGAGAGAACUCUGACAGAGCAGAAGCUGGAGAUUGAUGAUCUGAAAGCAUCCAUCACCUCUCUCACUGAGAAGGCAGCACGGGACAAAGAAUCUCUCAAGAAAGCAACACGAGCACAGAAAGUGAGAGCUGAGAGGUUUGAAGCUGCUAUUGAGAAAUGCUACGCACAGUUGAAGGAAAAGGACGCUUUGCUGGUCAAAGCUCAUUUAGAAAGAGACUCCAAGAAACGGCAGAAGGAGCAGGUGAACGAUGAAAAAGACAAGCUUGUUGCUCAUAUAGACUUACUGAAGAGUCAAAUUGCAGACUUGACAUCAAGGUUGCAGAAAGAGAAAGAUGAGCAAACCGCAGCUAAUGAAACUGUGAUGCAAAGAGUCGACAGACUCAUCGCUGACAACGGAGACCUCACCGUCAAUAAUGCAGCACUCAAGUCAUCUGUGGCUCGAUUGGAGCAGCAGCUUAUUGAUUGUGAUUCUGCCCUCAUAGAGGAGAAAAUUGUCUGUCAAGAGAGGAAACAACAAGCUGAACAGUACCAGUAUCAGGUUGUAGAGCUUCAAGCUGAGAUUGAGAGUUUAAGACUAAAACAUGCAAAUCUUUUAAGAGAGACAGAAAAGACACAAGAUGGAAAAAAUGCAGAUGUUGAGAAGGUGAGGCAGGAGUUGGAGGGGCGUGUGGAGGAACUGAAGGCUUACCCUGAGUUACUGAGUGCAGCACAGCAGAGUCUCCUCGAGUGCCAGGAGAAUCUGCAGCGUUUGGAGAGGAAGUGCUCAGAAAAGUCAGAGUCCAUUAAGCAACUGCAGGUUAAGAUGGAGAGUCAAUCUAAACUGCUGAGAUCAUCUGCAGAAAUGAAAGAGUCCAUUCAUGAGGCCAAUUUACAGCUGCAAGAAAAAGUGAAUUCUCUGCUAAAGAAGAUGGAUGAGCUGCAGCAGGAAAACGUGCAGCUUGUACAAAGGCUAAGAGCUCAGGAAGAAACUCUCAGCUACAGCAACCGGCAAUUGGAUCAACGUUCGUCGGAGUGUCAGGCCCUGAACAGGCAGCUUGAAGCAGCUUUAUCAGACGUCAGACAGCAGGUCUGCAAGGUAAAAGACCAGGCUGCUUCCAAAGAAGAAGCACUUCAGACCAAAAUCCUGCAGCUGGAAGCUGAGAAGAGCAGAAGGGAAAACGAACUGAGGCAUCUUCGCCAGAGCAAGCUAACUGCAGAGAAACAGUUUGAGGUUCGUCUGAAGGACCUGCAGCUCAGCCUGGACCAAUCAGAGAGCCACAAACGUAGCAUUCAGAACUACAUCGAUUUCCUCAAAAACUCCUAUAAAACAAUGUUCGAUGAAGGGCUACAAACAUCAACUUUUGGAACACCGUAUUUUCUAAAAUGAUCUUUUUAUGAUGUUGUGUCUUUUGUGUGCUAUAAUAUUUGCAAGACUCAUUUUAAAUAAGACCGGAGACAAGACUUCAUUUUGCAUCCAGGGGGAACUAAAACAUCUUUUUAUUUAUCAGAUUCAAGUUGUUUUAUAUUGUAAAAGUCACAUUUAGAUGGCAGUUUGAGUGCUUUUCCAGGAAUCUUAUUGAGGGUUUUUAGCCAUUUUAGCACAAGUUAAUGUGUGCACAUUCUGGAUGUAAACUCUGUGUUUUUUUUUUACCCAUUUAACAAUGAGCUAGUUGCAUAAAUAUAAAGAUUAAAAAAGAUUUCCCCUUUUUAAGACUUAUUGUCCUAGCAGGAUGUUUGAUAUGCUAAUGUGUCAAAUAUUUGUUGCUAAUCAUAAUUUCGACUGUUUGAUGUACUAAAUUAUUUAUCACCUGAUCUAGGUGGGUAGAAAUAAUGUUUUACUCAGGAACUGUAUUUCUUCUUCCUCAAAUAUCUACCUGGCUUCAGGUUUAAGGAUUUUCUUUAUUCAACAUUUUGAACUUACUUUGAAGCAAUAUUUAACCAAAUGCAAAUAUUACAUUGACAAAUAUAGUAGCACAAUGCUAGUGUUAAACCCUUGUGAUUUUCUAUAUUUACUUUUCUUUGACCAAAAAAGUCAUCAGAUUUCCACAUAAAUCCUACAAAGAAGGUGAAAAAAAACCCAGUUCAACAAAUGAGGAAACAAUAGUUGACAUUACAGAACAGUAAGAGCUUAAAACUCUGCAGGGUAUGCAGAUAAUUCAAAGGUGGCAUUUGAGUCAAGUGUUAGAUUAACUGGGAAAACAAGCAGGUCUGAAUGGACAUCUUUAUUUGAAGAAAAAAAACAAAAACUAAACAAAUGUUUCCAUGAGCUAGUACAUGCAAAAGGCAAAGAGCCUCAUUCUUGAUACUGGAAGGAAGGUUCACUUACUUCUGUCACCUACAUAUAAAUCAAUGCAGACAUAUGGAAAACCAAAAGGUUCACACACUCAAACAGCAUUGCACUGUGAGAACCAGACAUGUUUACACAUGUAGAAUGAGCCUUAAUCUUUAUGGUGCUACAGUACAUAAGAUCUUAUUAUGUUCUAUGCUGGUUUCCAUUCAUAUCAUAAUAUGUGAAUUUUACCAUUGUGCAGCUGAUGGUGAAAGCAAAUGUGUGUUUUGGUGAUCAUAAGGUGUGUGUGUUUGAUAUUUUUAUGUCCUUUCUCUCAGCAUUACUGAGAUGAAUUGGGGAAAAUAUUUAUUAAUUUUCCCAGUUGUGAAACUCUCGUCUUUAGGUUACAAAAGUAAUUACUGAGGUACAUGAAACAUUGGGAUAUUUCCCAGCCACUUCAAAACUUUGUUGCUGGCAUGUUUCCACGCUUUUGUAAUCAAAGUAGUUAUAUUUCUGAAGCUCAAGCACAAACUCGAUACUCUGCACACUGGGUACUGAUGUUAUCCGAUUUUAUGUAAAGACUGAACCUCAGUUGUCUUGUUUGGAUCCUUUUGUUCUGUCCUUGUUGCUUGUGAUGUCCUGCAGUAUCUAUGGUAAUAAACUACUGUGAGUUCA